GUGGACGCUGGGCGGCUGAAAGCUCCAGAACUGCGCCUGCGCUUUUCAGUGAGUCAUGCUUCAGGUUUGCCAGGGCCUGUGUCCCGCAGAAAGGCGAGCCCUUGUUCCCAGCGGAAGCCCACCCCGGCUCGCGGCGGCUUUCCGGUGCGCCCUGGGCGGCGUAGGUCCAAAGGAAUAUUGUGAGGAUUGAGAUGACAGGAGAGUGUAUGUCCCAGAGAGUUGCUCAAUAAAUACAUGUUGCCUUCCACUGUGAAGAGGUAAGUGAGGGGCUGUAAAGAUGUCUGACAAGAACCAGAUAGCUGCCAGAGCCUCCCUUAUUGAGCAACUGAUGUCCAAAAGGAAUUUUGAGGAUCUUGGCAACCACCUUACUGAGCUAGAAACAAUUUAUGUGACUAAGGAGCAUCUCCAGGAGACAGAUGUGGUCAGAGCUGUGUACAGAGUCCUCAAAAACUGCCCCUCAGUGGCUUUGAAAAACAAAGCCAAGUGUUUGCUGUCAAAGUGGAAAGCUGUUUAUAAAGAGACUCACUCCAAAGCUAGGAACAGCCCUAAAUUAUUUCCUGUGAGGGGUAUUGAAGAAAAUUCAGGACCUUCUCAUGACCCAAGUCAGGAUGAGACACUGGGCAUCUGCAGCUCGAAUUCUCUAUCUUCCCAAAAUGUUGCAAAACUCAGUGAAAUGAUUGUGCCUGAAAAUACAGCCAUUCAAUUGAAACCUAAGAAAGAGCAUUUUGGGGAUGGUGGCCCUGAAUCCACUGGUAAGAGAUUGAGUGAGUUGCUGGAUCCCACAACACCCAUGAGAACUAAAUGCAUAGAGCUUCUUUACGCAGCUUUAACUAGUUCUUCUGCAGAUCAACCCAAAGCUGAUUUGUGGCAAAACUUUGCAAGAGAAAUUGAAGAGCAUGUUUUUACCCUUUAUUCAAAGAAUAUCAAAAAAUAUAAAACUUGCAUCAGAAGCAAAGUUGCCAAUUUGAAGAACCCCAAAAAUUCUCACUUACAGCAAAACUUGCUCUCUGGUACCAUGUCUCCACGAGAAUUUGCUGAAAUGACUGUCAUGGAGAUGGCAAACAAGGAACUGAAGCAGUUGAGAGCCUCCUACACGGAAUCUUGUAUCCAGGAACAUUACCUUCCCCAAGUAAUUGAUGGCACACAGACAAAUAAAAUAAAAUGCAGACGCUGUGAGAAAUACAAUUGCAAAGUCACUGUAAUUGACAGAGGAACACUUUUCCUUCCCAGCUGGGUGCGGAAUUCAAACCCAGAUGAACAAAUGAUGACUUACGUAAUUUGUAACGAAUGUGGGGAGCAGUGGUACCACAGCAAGUGGGUGUGCUUUUAACUGUAAAUGAGUGGUCUCUUAACAGAUAACCUGAGUGAUUGAUACCUUUUAUUUGUACAACCCUUUUGUGCUUUUAAAAAUCUUAUACACACUACUCUCUAAAACAGAAGAAGGAGGAAAGAAAGUUGUUCCUGAAGCUGACACCACCAUCCCUAAAAGUUACAGUUUGGGGAGAGGGAGUGGAUGACUAUUUGUAUUGUGCCUUGUGGCCAUUUAAUACCUUACUGUAGACAGAGUGUGGGUGAGAACAGCCCAGCAUAAACUGGGAGCCCAUGGGAAAUGCAUCCCAGGCCUCACACCAUUGAAUCUGAAUCUGCAUUUUGGCAGGAUCCCCAGGUAAUCUUCCAGGAUGGGAUAGUUUGAGAAGAGCUGCUUUAGCAGUAGGCCUGUGGCACUCAGCAGUGACUGCAUAUUAGAGUCAUCUGGGAAGCUUUGAAAACCCACUGGUGCUGAGACCCCACCCUAGAACAAUUCAGUUGGAACCUAUGAGAUGGGACUCAGGCAUCAACAUUUCUUUUUUCAUUCCUCAAGUUAUUUUAAGAUGCAGUCAGAGUUGAGAACUACUCAGAAAUAGGCUCUCAUUUGAUCCUUUUUACAGCUCUAAGACAAGAGUGUUAUUCCAGGCACUUCAUGAAUGAGGAAACAGGUCCACAGAGGUGUGGUGACAUGCCCAAGUGACACAACCAUAAAUAGUACCAAUUCAGACAGAUCCCAGAUUUCUUCCUCCAGACUCACUGAGACUGGCUCAAUAUCGACUUCUGAGAAAUGUAUUCCUGGAGGUCGGGGAUGAAAUGAAGAAUGUGUUUAGACUCCAACACUGGGUGACUAGAUCUUCAUUCUUUUCCCCUCUCUUUUCCCAUUUACAGGUCUCCCUUCAACCACAAAAGUCACCCUGGAACUCAUCCCACAGUUAGAAUUUUGUUUGGAACCCUCUUGCUUAGUUGAAGGAGUUGUUUUUUUUGUUUGUUUGUUUGGUUUGUUUUGUUUUGUUUUUGUUUGUUUGUUUUCCCUGUGAACAGGUUUUUGGGGAUAUAUAAACUCUAGGAUGCUUAGUUUCUGAUGUCAGGAGUCUUCAUGUUCUCAAGGACAAGUGUCCUUGAGAUGGACAUUAAUGGUCAUUAGUCUGUCAGAGGAAGCCCAUCGCCUUAGCCUUUGAAUGUAGAAACAGGCAAGCAUUUAUCUAAUAAAUGAAGACAAAAUUA